AUGUCGCGUCGCGCCGCUGCAAGAGCUAUUGUUGUAUAUGAUCCCCACCCACAUGUGUCUAUUUUCAGAGAACUAGCUGGCUAUAAAACUACUGUGAUUGAAGAAAUCAGCGAUGAAGAUAAUAGUGAGUAUUUGAAAUCACUUGAACCAAAUGACUGGAAAAACAAUGAUCACUAUGCAGUUUUAAACCUAAAAAACCUACGGUAUAAAGCUUCCGAUGAAGCAGUGAGAAAACAGUACAGACAAAUUGUUUUGUUACACCAUCCUGAUAAACGAAAAGCACGUGGUGAAGAUGUUAAGGAUAUCUCCCAUGAUUAUUUUAGGUGCAUUACCCAAGCUUUUGAAAUUCUUGGGAAUCCAUCGAAGCGAUUCGCUUACGAUAGUGUUGAUCCCUUUUUGCCUAAUAUCGAAAUAACAAAGGAGGACAUUGAAAAAGACUUCUUUGGUAUUCUACACAACUUUAUUAUGGAGAAAUCUCGCUGGUCUAAGCAUCAACCCGUUCCGUUUCUUGGACAUAGACAGUCACCAAUGGAACAGGUUAAUCGAUUCUAUGAUUUUUGGGAGAAUUAUGAUACAACAAAAGAUUUUUCUUUCCUUGAUGAAGAGGAUCUAGAAAAGGCUGAAGAUCGUGAUCACCGUCGAUACCUCGAUCGGCUUAACAAAGCGGAGCGUCAAAAGCGUCGCAAUGAAGAGCUCAAAAAAGUCCACCAGAUUAUUGAUCUCGCCCGUUCUCUCGACCCUCGAAUCAUAGCUGCUGAAAAAGCUGCGAAAGACGCCAAAGAGGCCCGCAAACGUGCACGCCUUGAAGCCAUCCAACGACGAAAGGAUGAGGAAGAAGCUCGCGCUCAAGCGGAGGCCGCAGCAGCAGAGGCAGCCAUGGCGGCAGAUGCCGAGCGUCAACGUCUGGAAGCGGAGGCGCAGAAAAAGGAGAGGGAGCAGGCGAAGGCGCAGGCCAAGAAGGAAAAGAAGAGGCUAAAGAAUAUCUGCAUCAAUUGCUACGACCACUUUAUCGCUCCGGCUGUGAAUGAAAAUUCCUCCUUGGCUGCAGACGCUGUCAAGGUGCAAACUCUACAAGAUAUUGACCUUAUUUGCCAUGUGCUUUCUACCUUGGAACGUGCUUUCUUAUGA